UCUCAUGGACCUGUCACAAGACAAAAGAAGACAGCUGUGGUUACUCCAGGAUGUCAGACACCGAAGAACAAGAAUAUGAGGAGGAACAGGCAGAAGAUGAGGAAGCAGUGGAGGAAGAAGCCCCCGAGGAGCCGGAGCCGGUGGCAGAGCGAGAAGAAGAGCGCCCCAAACCCAGCCGUCCUGUGGUUCCUCCUUUGAUUCCUCCGAAGAUUCCAGAAGGGGAGCGUGUGGACUUCGAUGACAUCCACCGGAAGCGCAUGGAGAAAGACUUACUGGAGCUGCAGACGCUCAUCGAUGUGCACUUUGAGCAGCGGAAAAAGGAAGAGGAGGAACUCAUUGCGCUAAAAGACCGUAUUGAGAGGCGUCGCGCAGAGAGAGCUGAGCAACAGCGCUUCAGAACAGAAAAGGAGCGAGAACGCCAGGCCAAGCUGGCGGAGGAGAAGAUGAGGAAGGAGGAGGAGGAGGCAAAGAAGAGAGCAGAGGAUGACGCCAAAAAGAAGAAGGUUCUGUCCAACAUGGGGGCUCAUUUUGGGGGCUACCUGGUCAAGGCAGAACAGAAGCGUGGGAAGCGACAGACUGGUCGGGAGAUGAAACUCAGGAUCCUGUCUGAGAGGAAAAAGCCCUUGAACAUCGACUACAUGGGGGAGGACCAGCUCCGGGAGAAGGCCCAGGAGCUGUCAGAGUGGAUCCACCAGCUGGAAUCGGAGAAAUUUGAUCUGAUGGAGAAAUUGAAGCAACAGAAAUAUGAGGUGAGAUCUACCUGCCUCUGUUGGGGCCCAGGCUGGGUGAGAGGUGUUGCAGGCGGGUCCCUGCCUGGGUAUCUACCUAGCCUGGUUUCCUGCUCCACAGAUCAAUGUGCUGUACAACCGCAUCAGCCAUGCCCAGAAAUUCCGAAAGGGGGCUGGGAAGGGUCGAGUUGGAGGCCGCUGGAAGUGAGACUGCCAGAACAUGUCCCACUGUGUGGAGCCCAGGAGCCACCGGAGUGUGUCCCAUCUGUAACUCAAAAUAAAGGGUCCUCUGGCAUCUGUUUAAGUUCUCAGGGUUGUUAUUAUGUGUCUGGCUGUGUGGGUUGACUGACAUCUCCAUAUUGCCUGGGAGAGUCACCCACUGUCAUUAAAGAGAUUUUGAGCGCAUGGCUGGGAGUACAGUUUGUCUAGCACUCAUGACACCUUGAGUUAAAUCUCCAGUUCUGCUUAAACUAGAUAUGAUGGUGAGUGACUGUAAUCCCAACAUUUGGGAACUGGAGACAGGAGGGUCGGGAUUUCAAGGUCAUCCCUUGGCUAUAGAG